AUGGCUUUCAUAUUUCCAGUUAGCUUUGUUAAGCUAAUUAUGGUAUGUGUCCGAACUCCGAAAUUCUCAUUGAUGUUUAAUGGGUCUCUUCAUGGUUACUUUGAAUCAAAAAGAGGUUUGAGGCAAGGUGACCCAAUUUCCCCAUUGUUGUUUGUCUUGGGAAUGGAAUACUUAUCCAGAAUAAUGAAGAAAGUGGGGCUCAAACAGGACUUCAAGUUUCAUGAGAGAUGUGGAGAUUUGAAGCUCAACCACCUUAGCUUUCCAGAUGAUGUUCUGUUGUUUUGUAAUGGUGACUACAAAAGCAUCUAUCUCAUGCUUCAAGGUCUUGAGCUAUUUUCGCAAACAUCAGAAGUACCAUUCAAAUAUUUGGGUAUUCCCAUUUGCCCAAAAAAGCUUUCAGCUAAGCAGUGUGAUCUUCUUGUGGAAAAGAUGGUUGCCCAAAUUAGAACCUGGAGCUCUAGAAAUUUUUCUUUUGCAGGGAGAAUUGUGCUCAUAAAUUCAGUAUUGAUGGCAAUCCACUCAUAUUGGUGUCAAAUAAUGGUCCUCCCUAAGACCACUAUAAAGGAAAUAGAGUCUAUCUGUAGAGGUUUUUUGUGGAAUGGGAAGCACAAAUUGACAGGUGUGGCUGCUGUUGCUUGGAGUAAGGUGUGCAAUACAAAAUCAGCAGGUGGAUUGGGGUUGAAAUCAGUAGGGGAUUGGAACAAUGCAGCAAUGUUUAAGUACAUAUGGGCGGUAGCAAAAAAAGAGGAUAACCUAUGGGUUAAAUGGGUUCAUUGUGUGUAUAUUAAAGGGGCAGAUUGGUGGCAAUAUAGUGCUAACACAAAUGAUAGCUGGUAUUGGAGAAAAUUAGUUUCAUUGAAGGGUAAAGUCAUGGAGCUUUUUGAUGAAAAUGAAAUACAAAACUGCUGCAAUCAGUAUAAUGUGUCGACUGGCUAUACAAAGUUGGUUCCUGCUGGUGUGAAAAAACAGUGGACAUCUGUGGUGUGGAGCCGAUUGAAUUGUCCUAAGCAUAGCUUUAUUUUAUGGCUCUCCAUGCUACAAAGAUUGAAGACAAAGAAUAGAGUGAAGAUUUAUAGACCUGAGAUUGACAGUAGCUGCCAUUUAUGCAGCAGUAAUGCAGAAGAGAGUGUUGAUCACCUCUUUUUUGCUAGCUCUUUCACCCGAGAAUGCUUUGAUUUGGAUAAAAAUUGGUUGGGAUGGAAGACUAGUGUGCAAACUGUUGAAAAGGCUGUGUUGUGGCUUGGAAAAGCUAGGAUGAGUAAGCUCAAGAGAGGUGUGUAUGCAGCUACUCUUGCUGCCCUGAUGUACCAACUGUGGAUCUGCCGAAACCUUAAGCUUUGGGAUGGUAAAGAGAAUAAUUGUAGGGUGAUUUUUCAACAAGUUCAAAAUGUAACUAAGAAUAGAGUAUCAUGUAUAUGGCCAAAGAAAGUCUCUAAUUGUGAUAGAGUGUGGUUUGAUUCAUUGUAA